GAAAAAGUGAUUAAAUUUAUUGUAAUUAUUGUAAUGAAAGUUAUUAUCAAUUAAUUGCUAAUCAUUUUAGUGAUAGUUUUUUGGUUGUAUUUGAAUGAUGUCUAUCAAAGACAUGGAUGAGUUAAGUCGAUACCAGAAGUCAAUAGUGGAUUCAUUGGACACUGAAAAUGACAAAUACUUGUCGGCCAAUAAAGACAUCGACUUUGAUUCACUUGUCGGCAAAGGACACCACUAUUACCACAAACUGUUGUCCAUUAAGAAAGACAUGCAAUCACUGACACAAAAGAGUCAUCACUUGAAACAGAGAGCACUUCGUCUUCAGGCGAAUACCUCUUCACAGAUGGAAUCCAUUGAAAUGGAAAAGUAUUUGCAAAAUGAAAGAGAAAAACGAUUACAACCAGUGAUGGCAUCCAAUGAUAUAUCCAAUGCUAAGACAUGAUAUGAUUCAAACAAUUAUUACUUUUGUUUGAUAAC